AUACAGACUUCGCCCGUUACGCACCUCAAAAGACUUCACGAAGGGAGGCUUCGCUCUACGUGUCGACGGUUUUCGCCAGGUUGCUUUCCCUCCCGUUUCACUCAAGUGGUAGCAGGCGAACCGAAUAGUGGCAGUCAUGCUCAACGACGGCCUGCGGUGGAUCGACUGCGCGUGUGCGCUUGUGGGCGCGUGUUUGGCCUACAACUGGCUUUCUGAGAAGCGAAAGCGCAGAGCCCGCGGCGGGCUGCCCCUCCCACCCGGCCCGAGAGGGCUCCCGUUUGUGGGCAACAUAUUUGACAUCGACCCCGGGAGACCUUGGGAGACAUAUACGGAGUGGACGAAGCAGUAUGGCGAGAUCGCGUAUAUGAAGCUUUUCAGCCAGGAUGUGAUUGUGCUCAACUCCGAACGCGUCGUGCGCUCCUUGAUCGACCAGCGUUCGGCCAUAUACAGCGACAGGCCAGAGGUACCCACCAACAAGUUGUUUGGUGCCGACUUCAACACGGCAUUCCUGCCCUACGAUGACGAGUGGAAGCUGCACCGGAAGCUGUUCCACAACACUCUACACGCAGAGACGUGUAUCUCAUACCAACCGUUGAUUCUUCAGCGAGUUCAUAUUCUUCUCGGCGACCUCUUGAAGAAUCCGGGGAGUGCAUCGUUUGAGCCUCAUCUCCGAAUGUUUACAGCCUCGAUCAUCCUCGCGGUCACGUACGGUUACCAGGCCGUCGCAUGGUCGGACGACCUUGUUCAGUGUGCUGCGAAGCUGGUAAAACUGCUCAUUGACGCGUUGCCCCCUCAUCGCGCAGCCGUGCUUGGCGCGUUUCCUAUCCUCACGCGUUUACCAACGUGGUUCCCGGGUGCAGGCUUCCUGCGGGACGCGGUCAAGGGCCGUGAGCUCGCACGGCACGCGCUUGAAGACCCGUUCGAGUACGUUAAGCAACAGAUGGCGGCUGGCACUGCAUCACGGUCGAUGGUCUCUGACCUGCUAACUGAGGUGGACGAGAAGCAAUUGACGCCAGAAAUGGAGCGAGCCAUGAAGGCGAUGGCAUCAACAGUGUUCCUGGCCGGAUUCGACACGAGCUCCUCGUUCAUGUUCACGUUCAUCCUUGCCAUGCGGAUGCACCCCGACGUCCAAAGGCGUGCGCAGGCGGAGAUGGACGCAGUCCUGGGAGGCGGACGCCUUCCGACGUUUGAGGACCGCCCGUCGCUGCCGUACAUCGAAGCGAUCAUACGCGAGGUACUGCGCUGGCAGAUUAUACUUCCGCUGAGUUUGCCCCACGCAACGUCAAGCGACGACGUGUUCGAAGGGUACUUUAUUCCCAAGGGCGCAAUGGUCCUGCCCAAUGUCUGGGCCAUGGUUCGCUGUGUCCCGCUCCCUCCCAAUCAACCCCCCGCAGACGUCUUCGAGCCUGCGCGGCACCUCGACCCGUCCACCGGCCAGCUCCUCCCCGAACAGAACGCGAUCACCGGGCACCCGCAGUUCGGCUUCGGGCGGCGCGUCUGCCCGGGGCGCUUCCUCUCCGAGGCCACGAUGUGGGCCGCGAUAGCGAGCAUUCUCGCCGUAUUCGACGUGUGUCCCGCGCUCGAUGGGGAGGGGCGCGAGGUGCCCGUCAGCGGGGAGUAUUCGACGGGGAUCUCUAUACGGCCGCUGCCGUUCGAGUGCGAGAUCAGGCCGAGGUCGAAGAAGGCAGAGCAGAUUAUUUUGGAGGCGUUGGAUGUUUGAAUACGUUUGUAGACAAGGGAAAUGUACACCUUUGUGUAGUAUUGACUUUUUGAUUACUAUUUACGACCAGUGUAGACUUUGUUUUACUUUUAUCGAGAGCCAAAUGUACUC